CUCGGUGCGCCAGACCGUGCGCAGCGACCUCCGCGCAGGUGGUCGCCCCGGUCCCCGCCAAGAUGUUGGCCAAAGUUCUCCUGGUGCUCCUGGGCACGGUCCUGUUCCUUCCUUCGAGGGUAAAAGCACCUCAUUUUGAACUGGAGAAGACCACCUCUGACCCUGACUAUGACGUCUACGGUCCCAAGCUUCCAACUAAUGAAGAGCUGCUCCUGUCUGAUGAAGACAUUGAAGAUUACCUGGCUGGGGAACAGUCCAAUGAAGACCUUCUGUUCGCUGAUGAUUCUGAGGAGGAUGUCUUCGACGACGGCGAUGGCCCUGUAGAUACCGUCCUGCCUGAUGAAACCUCUGAUGAGAAGCUCUUCUCUGAUGAGGUCGCUGAAAGUGGGGACCUCAUGAUGGGACGGGCCUCUAGGAAUGACCUCAUGUUUGCUGAGGAGAGUCCUGAACCUGAAGAGGUGAAGCCCACAGUUGCUGAGGAGGGGAACCCCCGAGGGUCAAAAUACAUGGCAAAGGCCAGUGAAAUCCUCGACAGCCUCCUGGCUAACUAUGACCACAACCUGCGGCCUGGCAUUGGAGUCAAGCCCACUAAGGUGUCUGUCAUGCUCACUGUCCACACCCUCGGGCCCAUCUCUGCCAUGGACAUGGAGUAUUCUGUUGACGUCACCUUCUACCAGAGCUGGUAUGAUGAGCGCCUCCGCCACAAUGGCAGCUUUGAGACCUUUGUUCUGACUGGCAACAUGGUGAGCCAGCUGUGGAUCCCGGACACCUAUUUUGCCAGUUCUAAGAGGAUCUUUGAGCAAGUGUUCACUGUGCCCACCCAGAUGGUGCGCAUCUUCCAGGAUGGCAGGGUGCUGUACACCAUUAGGUUGGCUAUUGAUGCUGGGUGUACUCUCCAUAUGGUCAAAUACCCACUGGAUUCUCACUCUUGCCCUCUGUCUUUCUCUAGCUUUUCCUACACGGAAAAUGAGAUGAUCUAUGACUGGAAGAACUUAACAGUUGAGGUCAAUAAGGACAGUGCCUGGAAGCUGUUCCAGUUCGAGUUUCAAGGUGUGACCAACAAGAGUGAGAUUGUCUCCUCAAUGUCCGGGGAUCAGUUCGUCAUGACGCUUAUCUUCAACAUGACCAGGAAAUUUGGCUUUGUGUCCAUCCAAAACUACGUCCCCUGCUCUAUGACCACCAUGCUCUCCUGGGUUUCCUUUUGGAUCAGGCGGGAUGCAGCUCCGGCCAGGGCCUCUCUGGGUAUUACCACUGUCCUCACCAUGACCACGCUGGGCACCUUCUCUCGGAAGAACCUUCCUCGUGCCUCUUACCUCACGUCCCUGGACUUCUACAUCGCCGUCUGCUUUUUCUUCUGCUUCUGUGCGCUGCUGGAAUUCGCCAUCCUCAACUUUCUGACCUACAGCCGCCCUGAUGCUACUCCGAGGCUGCGCCAUCCUCCUCGCCGCUCUCGCCGAGGCAGGCGCCCCAGCCCGGUGUAUGACCUUGGAUUCCAGGGUCAGGGUGUGUUCGUGUGUGAGCUGGAAGGUUCUGACAGUGAUGAUGAGGAGGAUUUCGUGCCUGACCUCCCCUCCUGCCCGACCCAGCAGGAGGAGAACCGGGCACGGGGCCUGCGCUCUCGCCGCUGCAACAAGUGGUACCAGCGGUUCCUGUGCGCCAACCCCGACUGCCAGGGCCGCAACUGGCAGCGGGGCCGCCUGUAUUUCCACGUGUACCGAAUGGAUAACUAUUCCCGGGUCAUCUUCCCUGUCUCCUUCUUCUUCUUCAACGUGAUCUACUGGCUGCUCUGCCUUAACCUGUAAGGUGCCGGCUGGCACCCCUGUAGGGCAGCCUCCUCCAUUCCCCAGGAGGUCCCACACCCCUUGCUAAGGGAGUUGGGGAAAAGCAGCAGCAGCAGGAAUGAUUAGGGAGUGUCUUUCCUUGCCCAGCCCCAGGCAGGUGCCUGCAGACAACUGCUGGCCCUGUCCCCUCCCCAGCCCAUUCACUAAUCCCCACGGCAAGUCAAAUGGCCUCUCUAUUCUUCAAGGUGACUAGUAACCUUAGACCUUGCCCACACAGGGGUGAGUGGUUUCGAAUCAAAGUGCUGACACCACUGCCUUUUCCAAACAUCCAGUACUGCCUUUCGGGGUGGGCCCAGCUCUGGGGCCCCUACUAAGUGCUCUCCCAUUCCGGACACCUUUUAAAGAUGCUGAGGGGAGGGGGUUCCCCCUCCCCCACCCUUAUAUCAGAUCCUUCUAUACUUGGUUCUAGCUCCAUGCCCUCCCCCACCCAAGAUAGCCAGACACUGGCCUUGACCCUCUCAGAGCAGGGGAGCCAGAAACCGAAGGGCUUUGGUAUAGUGUGCCAACCUCUGCUGCUGUGACACCUUCCUCUCCACCCCGCAUCCCUCCAUCUUUCAUCUGCACUGCCAAAUCAAUGCCAUGCAUUCAGUGGGUAUCUAUUUUUGUGUGUGAUAUAGUAACAACCCCUGCUUUGUAUGCCACCUCUGCCCUCCUCCUUGACUGACCCCUGUGACUUUUUCUGUAACUUCCCCUGUGACUUUCCCAGCCCUGACCCAGGUGCUAGGCCAUGGCAAUCUCCUGGGGCGAGGAACGACACCAACUGGCAAGGAUCAGUGCCCAGUGAGGGCAUGACACGGGAUGGAUGACAUUGGCUGCUUGCUCGGCCCUGGACCCAUGAGCCAGUCCACUCUUAACACCCGGGGCACUCACAAUCACAAUCAAUCAAUUGAACUCCCUUAAAAUUUGUACACGCACUUUACCUUUUACAAAGCGCUUUUGAAAAAUUCUUUCUAUUUGGAGCCUCAUUGUCGCCCUGCACUCCGACCAGGGCCAGAUUCUUAUCCCCAUGUUGCAGAUGACAACCCAGAGGCACAGGUUUCUAUGGGACUGUGCCUCUCAGUGGAAACGACCCAAGAAUCCACUGUCACCUUCUAGAUCACAAGAAAGGGCUCUAUUCACCAUGAUUCAAUUCCAUGCCCUCUGCUGGCAACCCAAUUGUAGGGCCCCAAGUGGCAGCGUCUCUUUAGCCUUGCCCUUGGCCUGCUCAAUUCCCAGCCCCUGGCCUUCAGCCUGCUCCUCCCAUGCAGAUAAUCAAACCUCCUCUGACUCUGGUUACCCAGGGAGGUGAAUUUGGACAUGCCCCAACGCUUAUAUAUGCUGUAUGAAAUUUGUGUCUGUAUUUUAC